GAAGCAGCCAACAUAGAAUAGAGCUCGUGGUCUACUAAUUCGCUUGAGGCAUUCGAUAGCAGUAAGAAGCUAACAGCUUAAGACAAUGUUAUUUGUGGCGCAGUUACCGAAAACAAAUGUUAAUUUCAAUUUCGAACGUGUAUGAAUUUUCUGUGUGAAUUAGAUGAUAAAUAGAUGUGGUUUCUUUGCUCAAUCGAGUAACAACUAAGCAAGAAGAACAAACAAACUUGCAAUGGCGGGACGCGAACUAACAAUAACGCCAACCAAACGGGAGCGCCGCAAAUCCCCGGCCACGGGAUUCGGCGCGGACAGCAGCAGCAGUGCACAACAGCAACCGCCGCCCAUGUCGCCCGGAUCUUCCAUUGCGGACACCACAUUCGAGCCAACAAUUGAUAUGAUGGUAAAUGAUUUUGACGACGAGGCCACAUUGAACGAGGAGGAGGCGCUCGCCGAUCUGGAGGCGCACAAUGCCGAGGACGAGAUAGCCACGUUGCGCGAGGAAAGCGAAAUGCCCAUCGAGCUGCUGCUGGCCAAAUACAGCAGCAUGACAAAUAUGGAGCCGGCGUCCGUCGCCCGUCCCAGCAGCAGCACCAGCAGCAGCUCGAGGCGACGACGUGCGCCCAAGCGACAGCUACCGGAAGACGAAGCCGCCGGCGCCGCCGAGGAGCCGCCAGCUGGCGCUGAGCCGCAGUCACAUACAGUCGCACCAGGAAGUCCUCUGCUGGAUUAUGCAAGCCUAACGCCACAGUUCCACGAAUCCGGCAUGGAUGCGGAUCAAGUGCCAGGCGUUUUGCCGCCAGAGCUUACGAAGAAAACGCAUCGCUCGCAUUUACUCGACCUGUAUCCCGAAGAGUCCUUUGAGACCGGUGCACAGCAUGCCAUGGACACUGUGGAGGAUGUGGAAAGCUUUACGCCGCUGCAGACGCUCCUUGAGGAGGUGGAGGCAGGGGAGGAGGAGGAGGAGGACAGCGACACCGAUUCGGACGAUGCGAGAAAAAUAAUUAUGGUCGGACCGAACUAUCAAGCUGAAAUACCCGAGGGCCUAUCGCAAUAUGGCGACAUACUGCCGUACGAGAACGAGGAUCAGUUGAUUUGGGAGCCGAGCCAGGUCAGCGAGCGUGCCGUCGAGGAUUAUCUGGCCAAAAUACAGGAGACGCGCUCGGUGAUCAGCACAGAAGCCGAAGGCGCCAACGCAGCCGAUCCCAUAGAACGGGCUGAGCUCGAAGAGCUGCCAGCGGAAGCAACGUCGCCCGAAGCUCCAGCUCCAGUUGCUGCUGCGGCUGCGGCGCCAGCCGGCUCGGACAUGGAGUCGGUGGUCAAGGACAACGAACAGGCGCUGCAUCUGCUCGUCCAGUGCGGCUAUGACUUCAAGGAGGCGCUGCGUCGCAAGCGAAUGAAUGUGCUGCCGCUCAGCGACACGAUGAGCAGCUGGUCGGAGGAGGAGUGCCAGAAAUUCGAGGAGGGCAUACAAAAGUUUGGCAAGGACUUCUAUCAGAUACGACAGAAUCAGGUGCGCACUAGAACCAUGCGCGAACUGGUUCAGUUCUAUUACCUGUGGAAGAAGAGCGAGCGACGUGAUCAGAGCUUCGCCCUAAACGACACAAUUGAUCACAUGGAUGUAUUUAUCAACGAAGCUGGAAAUGGAAACGGAAACGGAAAUGGGAAUGGGAAUGGGAACGGAAAUGGCAGCUGCUCAUCGCUAGCCAGCAGCUGCAGCAGCAGCAAUGGCCACAGCAACGGAAAUGCCGCCAUGGAGCUUCCACUGGACAAGGAUGCAGCUCUCGAAGCAGCAGCAGCAGCGGCGGCUUCGUCGGCGGCGGCGUCGGCAUCCCCAAGAAAAUCCACAACGAAAAACUACUCGAUUAUGACCGGUGGCAAUGGAGCAGCUGCAGCAACAGCUGUUGGCAGUCGCAAGCGCGGCGUCUCCUUUGCCCUUGACGAGGACAACAUGGAGCAGGAGCAGGGAUUAGAAAGCUUAAGCUAAAGCCAAUUGGCCAGCAAUUUUUGGGGGCAAAACAGCAGAGCAUUUGAGCCAUAAAUGCGCAGGCGCUUCCGACUCAACGAUGGCUGCUGCAAAAAAAUAGGGCGUGGCAUUCAACAAAAUCAACAUUCAUUAUAAAAAACAUACCUACAAUAUAUAUGUAUAUACAUAUGUAUAGAUUAUGUGUGUACAGUGAAAGCUCUCUUGAGCGUACGCUGACGGUUCCAGUUAAAUUGUCCUCCUUAGUGUUAAAUAUAUGUAUGCAUGUAUAUAUAUAUAUACGUGUUUAUAGUGUGCAGUAUGUGUAGAAUAUGUAUCGUU